GAGAACCCGAAAAACCCAAAAGAGCUCUUGCUCUUCAGUUAAAAACAAGAUUAGGGUAGGAUUCAUAUAAUAAAUUUACUUAAAAAACAAAGGAAAAAAUGAAUUGCGUAGUGGGUAGCUCAUGUUCGAUGAUGGCUAGCAGAGGCAGUACAGUUUUGGUCCUCAUCUUGUGUUCAGCUCUGGUCUCUUGCCACGCAGCAGGCGGCCGAGCAGGCAGAGCUCUUUUCACGACGUUUAACGUCUUGAACUACGGUGCAAAACCUGGCAAGCAACAAGAAAGCACCCAGGCUUUCGUUAAGGCAUGGAGAGCAGCUUGCGAUUUCGAUCGGGAAGCCAGGAUCCUCAUUCCACCAGGGGUUUACAAGCUAGGAGAGACCAUAUUCCAAGGGCCAUGCAAAAGCCAAACUCCAAUAACUAUUCUACUUCAAGGAACCCUGCAAGCAGUUUCUGAUAUUUCUGCUUAUCCUGAUAAGGGAUGGAUUUCGUUUGAUGAGGUUAACGGUCUAAUAUUGACGGGUGGAGGCACGAUAGAUGGAAAAGGCCAGGACUUAUGGAAGUAUGACGACUGCAAGACCAAUCCUGAUUGCACGCACCUUGCGGCUAGCAUUUACAUGACGAAAGUGAAAAAUGCAAAGGUCAAGUCCAUCAAUCUGAUAAACAGCAUGGGAUUCCACAUGCACAUUACUAACAGCUAUCUGGUUAGGUUCCACCGUCUUAAGAUCACUUCUGAAGAUGGCCCAAACACUGAUGGCAUGCAUAUAAGCAAAUCCAACACAGUCAAAGUAUCGAGGAGCGUUUUCAGAACAGGGGAUGAUUGUAUCUCCAUUGGCCAGGGAUCAAACAACGUCACCAUCAACAAAAUAACCUGCGGCCCGGGACAUGGCAUUAGCGUUGGAAGUCUCGGAAAGGUAGCAAAUGAAUUGGAUGUGCAGGGGCUCAUAGUGCAGAACUGCACCUUAGUAGGUACAACAAAUGGCUUAAGAAUCAAGACGUUUCCAGCAUCAGGCCCAAGCAAAGCUUCAGGAAUGCUAUUCAAGGACAUCAUCAUGGAAAAUGUGAAGAACCCCAUCAUCAUAGACCAGAACUACGGGUCCAAAUCAACCAAGCCGUCUCGAGUGAAAAUCAGUGAUGUGAUUUACCAAAACAUCAGAGGGACUACAAUAUCACCAGUAGCCGUAAAUCUAAAGUGCAGCGCGCAGGAACCCUGCAAAAACAUACGAUUCCACAACAUUAAUCUGCGGCAUACAAGCAACGUGAGAGUCUCGUCCACAUGUACUAAUGCAGUAGUUCAACGUACCGGGCUACAAAGUCCACAGGCUUGCUGAUUUGUUGCUUCUACUGCUUGUACCUUGAUGAUCAUCAGGAGGAAAACAAGACUGAUAAACUUCAGACAAAAAAAGGACUGUUUUGUUGCAAUAUGAAGAUGAGAAAUUGGUCAUGCUUCUUUCUCCAGAUGCUCUGCAACUCAAACAAAGAAGACACAAAAUUCAGAACCAUCAUCUGAGAGAUGAAAGCAGUGUUAAUGACUAUAUAUGCCAUGCAACAACAGAUGGAAACUCUCUUCAAUGAUUUCUUGUCAUUGCUUACAGAUUCACAAACAAAUGUGACAGCUGAUUUCCUGACUUGUAUUUGGAUAUGUACUCAAUUGAUUUGUUUGUUAAUUUCAAGACAAUUAUUUACAAUCUGA